CAUUUCUGGAAGCAGGGAGGGAACAGUGAUUGAGUGAAGAGUUUGAGAGGAGUAGCUGAAGGAGUCUUGGAGCUUUAGAAGAAACAGGAAUAACCUCCUUUUUAUUGCUCAGUCUUUCUCUAACCCAGGGCAAUAACUUUUUAAUAAAUGGUUUACUGGCUUAUGUUGCUUAAUAUAUAACAAUGUUCACGUAAUACACAGCAAUUAUGCAGUUGAUUAACCGUCAGUAUUUUGAGUUUGUAUGGGGCAGCAUAUUUUAUUAGCACACUAGACCAGUGACCUGAGUGUCUUCACAGGGUGUCUUCCAUAUGCCACAUGCAACAAAAGACAUUUGUUGAACAAGUCAUAGCCAUUUCUUUGUCUAGCCCACAUCUGUGAACUACUUUAUAUGGUCUUGGUACAGGGCCCACUAUGCAUUCAUACAACCCUGGAAUGAAUUGUAUGCCUGGCGCUAUGCAUGUACUCAUCAUAUAUGGGGGAAAACAGGUCAAAACACUCCUGGAGCCGAAUUCUGGAGCUUGGCAGCAGUAAGCAUUCCUAAUGCAAGCAUUCUCAAACCUGCACCAAAAUGUUCAUCCUUUGUGCUAAAAUUAAGCAAGAGAGGAGGAUUUUUUUUUUUUACCUGCAUGAAAACUAAACUAUAAUCUGUCAUUUUAUUCUGAAAAUUUCCUAGGACAGUUGUAGCUUCUGACACUAACAGAAAGCAGUACAGGUGGUAGCUAGUAACUCUGGGAAACUUAGAACCGCCCUCUUUACUCUAAGGUAAGGCCAUCCAUGGCCAAACUCGAUUUUCAUAUUAUACACUUAAUAAUGUGUUACUAUUUGAAUACACAGACAUAGAAUUUCUGCUAGUAAAACUCUUCCUAAUUUGUAUGACUAUAUAACUUAUGCAUGUAGCAUAGUUUUCUAAAGGACAUUGUACCUGCUUGCUGAGACACGUGCUAACCUAGUUUCUUAGCAUUUUGUCAUGGUUAUCUUUCUGAUCCUGGCUUCUGGGAAUGUUCUUGUGCCAUUUUUGGAAAAGAUAAUGGAUUCUGUGAGCACCAUCAUAAUGUAUCAGAAAUAAAAGUUACUCUCAACUUCACCCCUUCACCUUGCUUUAAAUAACAAGAAAAGGAAAUGUAGCCAUGAGAAUUUGUCUGCUCUGUGGCCUCCUUGGAAAAUACACUUGAGUAGUGCUUUGAGAUCACUGCAAACUCUCAAAAAAAAUUUAAAUCUGAAUCAGAUACUGGUUUAUAUAGUUAAUUGUACAUGAGAAAAGAAUACAGCCUACUACUUUGAGAAGCAAGAAAAGGCUUGCUGUUGUUUCUGUUACAAUAGCAUCAGCAGAGAGAGGUGUUCUACUUCAGAAUCUCCAUUGAUCGUCCACAAACGUUAAUAGCUCUGUAACCACUGAGUCUAGAGAUUUCCCUGAAGAGCACUUGAAUCAAAUUGAAUCAGCCAGAAGUUUGACCGGACUGUUCACGCCGACCUGCCAUGGGCUGCCGAGAUGUGCACGCGGCCACAGUGCUCUCCUUCCUGUGUGGCAUUGCCUCUGUGGCAGGCCUCUUCGCGGGGACUCUGCUUCCCAACUGGAGGAAACUGAGACUCAUCACGUUCAACAGAAACGAGAAGAACCUGACCGUGUACACCGGCCUGUGGGUGAAGUGUGCCCGGUACGAUGGAAGCAGUGACUGCCUGAUGUACGACCGCACCUGGUACCUGUCUGUGGACCAGCUGGACCUGCGUGUCCUCCAGUUUGCCCUGCCUCUCAGCAUCCUGAUCGCAAUGGGUGCCUUGCUGCUCUGUCUGAUUGGAAUGUGUAACACGGCCUUCAACUCCUCGGUGCCUAACAUCAAACUGGCCAAGUGUCUGGUCAAUAGUGCAGGCUGCCAUCUGGUGUCUGGACUCCUGUUUUUCCUGGCCGGCACUGUGAGCCUCACCCCAUCCAUCUGGGCUAUCUUUUAUAACACUCAUCUCAACAGGAAGUUUGAGCCGGUCUUUGCCUUUGACUAUGCGGUGUUUGUCACUAUCGCUAGCUCGGGGGGUCUGUUUAUGACUGCUCUUCUUCUGUUCAUUUGGUACUGCGCGUGCAAAUCUCUGUCGUCGCCCUUCUGGCAGCCGCUGUACUCUCAUCCCCCCAGUAUGCACGCUUACUCUCAGCCCUAUUCAUCGCGCUCCCGCCUCUCCGCCAUAGAAAUCGACAUUCCAGUAGUUUCACACAGCACUUAACAGAGAUAGAGUUGACCGUGACAAGUCCCUGUCAUGGCCUCACGGUCCCCUGCGUAAAGAGCCUUUUUGGACCUGUAUACGUUUUUCCUUUGUUCUUGACUAGUCAGUGGAGCCAAAUUUAUAUAUCUUGGUAGAAUGAAAUGCUGCUAGAUUUUAUGAGGUCUAUAUUACGUUCUAAAUGUGAAACAUUCCUUCUAUCUUGCUUCUAAUCCUAGAAGGGGAUUCAGCCUCCCCGUUGAUGUCUGUGAUAGAACAGCACGGUGAGACACAGUGCUGUUGUGCUUGAUCCUUGCAGUAUUUCAGAUCCUGUUUGUCUCUGAUGACUUAAACCGAGAAGAGCAGUUAAGUACAAGGAAUUUCAGUCAGGAGAGGAUUGCAGUUCGUCUCCAGGACUCUGCCAGCUCGAGGGUAUAAUUUUGUUCUCUCUUAGGACUAAUUGCAUAGGCACCAGUAUACUGAAGAUUACUAUCUUCUACCUCGUAUCAGUGGAAAGUGACAUCAUUUUAAAUGAUGUCAGAGUAAGGUUAACAUUUGACCUUUUUUUGGUUUUCAGACAGGCUCUUGCUCUCUCUAGACCAGGCUGCCCUCAGACUUUUCACCGUCCUCCUGUCUGCCUCCUGAGCAAUGACUGCAGGCAUGCCCACCCACAUCUAGCGCAUCAGAAUUUUUAGUUAGAGUUAUAUUGUUGGAGUUGAAAUGUGCCAAGUGACAGGAAAGAUAAAAUCCUUUCCAGAUUCCCAUCAGUCAGGUAGUCCUUGUGCCCUGCACAAGAUUAGCGGCUAAGACAAGUGAGCAAAAGGUUGUUGAAGCCAAAUGGUUGCCUUUGAGACCUACAUGGCAGGGCGCAGGAGCCAGUUCUUAGUGACGGCAUAAGAGUCACGUGGUGGCUCCUGUGUCAAUGAGUGAUGUGUGUGGUGGCAGCUGGACCGCUCAGCUCCUGCUCCCUCCCUCCCAGCCGGCCUUUAGUCUGCCUCGCGCGCUCGGGUAUUACACUGGAGGACACACAAAGGAGGAUGUAGCUACAUCUGUGGAAAUUCUGGUCUAAUACAGAUCAGACUGAUAACUGACAACCAGCUGAACGGCUGUGGACUUCUCAAGCGUUGAUCCAGGAAAAUAUUUCAGCUGAGCCAUGCCUGCCUGGCACAGCCAGCCUGUGGCACACCAGCAGCAAUGUCCUGGACACAGAGAUUGACCUGGUAACAGUUUCAGAUAAGGAGAACAGGAAGGCAGUGGAGAGAUUAAACUGUGCCCUUUCUACCUCGGAGAUUAAGAUGAUGCAUUAGAGAGAGAUAGGUUUUAAAAAUGUCUCCUGAUGUGAUAUCAAGUGGAAGAAAGCAUGUUGAUACUAAAGUAACACUAAGUAACAUUAAGAGUUGUUGGUCUUAACUCUUGGUGGUUUGAGCUGCUCACCUGGUAUAAUUUCAGUGUACUAGCACUGUGUUUGUAAGGAUUGUGGUAUAUUAUAGUUACAGAUUUUUACAAGCGGCUGAUUUUGUGAUAAACAGUUCAUGAUGCCUCUUUUGCAAAUCUGAGUAUUUCUAUAGAGAUGUGUAGUAGUUUUCCCUAAGUCCAACACUACUUCAUGUAGGCGAGUAACGCCGAUCGUAUAAUUUUUAAAUGCUGUCAUUACAAAGCAUGCACAUCUAUGGUUUUUUAAAUUAUCGCUUUGAAUCUUUAUCACCUCUGGUUCUUCUCAUUCAUAGAUAUCGCUAAGUAUUGAUCAUUCCAAGACAAUGGCAGCUGAAUUUCGAGAUUAGUAUUAGUUUUUCUUUUUUGUUAGUUAAUCUUAGGUUUUCUCUCACUAAACUGUUGUUCAAAAGGGCCAAGAAUUCCACCGUCCCUUGGUUGUAGUAUAAAGAGUUAAAAGUAGGGCCAGGCAUGGUGGCUUUUCACAUUAAUUCCAGUACUCAGGAGGCAGAGACAGGUGCAUCUCUCUGGACAUCCUGGUCUCCAUAGCAAGUUCCAAGCUGGUCUGAGGUAUACAGUGAGACAGUGUCUCAAAAAACUUGAAAAAGAAGAAAAGAAGGCAAGCGGACUGACUCACUUGUGAGAACACGACAGUCUGCGUCUCCCAGGGUUGCACUGCAAACGUGAAGCUUUCUUAGGAGAGUCUUUGGCAUCAUCAUCUAUAGCCUCCAAUUAGUAUUUAUUAUGAAUUUAUGAAUUCACUCAGGAAGAGAAACAGCUGUUUCUGUUGUCGUUUUGGUGUUGCAGCUUUGGCAUAAAUAGCUAUUUUGUAAAGCCAUCAAAGGGAAGCAUGCGCUCACAGUCCUUCCAGCCACUCGAGCACUCCUGGACCAUGGGAGAUGGGACACCAGGCUUGUGUUGUCCAGCUUCAGAAAAGAAUCAGUUCACUCUGCUUGUCUAUGUGCCCUGUGAUGGCUAGUGUGUGCUAUAAACCACACAGUAAAAACCUCAGUGGGCGUGGUGUGCUGCCUCAUGGUUAUUAAAAGAUGUUA